AUGGCUGGUUUAACAAGAUUUCUUGGAGGACGAUACCGAGAAUUGGCUCAAACAUGGGUCACUCCGGCUGCAACUUUUGGUGCUGCAGCAGGAAUCGCUGUAACCUGGGGCUUCGACUGGAAAGCAGUUCUCCAGUAUGUUCCCAUUGUCAACCUCAAGUGGAAGGAUGAGACGUCGUGAAAACGCCGUGUACAGUCCAAGGAAAACGUGUAGUGCAAUUCGUGCGCCCCCCUUGCUUUUGUGAAUUAGGUUUGAGUGAUUUCGAAUUCGUGGAAAUGCAGCGAGUACUUCGUUUACGGUCGAA